AUGGUGUGUUGGGUGUUCGGCGGAGGGACCCAGCUGACCGUCCUGGGUCAGCCCAAGUCUGCGCCCGCGGUCACUCUGUUCCCGCCCUCCUCUGAGGAGCUCAGCGCCAAAAAGGCCACACUGGUGUGUCUCAUCAAUGACUUCUACCCCGGCACUGUGACGGUGGCCUGGAAGGCGGACGGCAGCCCCGUCACCCAGGGCGUGGAGACCACCAAGCCCUCGAAACAGAGCAACAACAAGUACGCGGCCAGCAGCUACCUGAGCCUGACGCCUGAAAGCUGGAAAUCUAGGAGCAGCUACAGCUGCCAGGUCACGCACGAGGGGAGCACCGUGGAGAAGACUCUGAGCCCCUCACAGUGUUCUUAGGACCCUCCGCCCCCACCACAGAGGGGCUGGAGCAGAAGGACACCCGGGAGGAUCCCCCUCUCAACCCCCAGUCAGCCUCGUCCCUGCACCCCAUCAGCUCUCAAUAAAAUGU